GCCAGGAGUUGGUUGGCAGAACAAUCCCCAUCAUCUCAGCUUGUGAUUGGACAGAUAUGAGCUAAGGUUGUGUGUAUGAUGUCACUUCCGAUGUUGUGAAACGCAGUAAUGUCUGAAAACAAGCAGAACCUGGAAGAAGUUCUCACCUGUUCAGUUUGCGUCCAAAUGUUUCGAGAACCUGUGGUUUUAUCAUGUCAACAUAGUUUUUGCAAGGAAUGUAUUCGUUCCGUCGCUGAGAAGUCUAAAUCUGGUGUGACAGGCGAGCAAACCACCUGCAGCCCGGAGGGUGAGGACGUUCGUCAUGUGAUACAUUGCCCUGUUUGUCGAGCACCUAUUAGCUUGGGGACAGACGGUGUGGCUGGUUUGCCGCUCAACUUUCAGCUUGCAGAAAUUGUGGAAAGGUUCUCAUCCGAUGCAAAGGUUGAAGACAACAUCAUCCCGCAUUGUGCUGUCUGCGAAGAAGACAACAAGUCAAAAGCCGUCAAGUAUUGCUGUUACUGCCGUUUGCUCUACUGUGAUGACUGUCUCUCGGCUUAUCAUCCGAUGAAGGGCUCACUGAAGCAACACCGCCUGAUUACAUCAGAGGAACACCUUUCCCAAGGAAACAUGAAGGAUCAAGAAAAGAACAAUUCCCAAUUAAGCACAGAGUCAACAUGUGACCAACACGAUCAGGCGAUGAGUCUGUACUGUGUGACGUGUCGGAUGCUGCUCUGUUUGGGAUGUGUGGUUGAACAUCCGGAGCAUAAAGUCAGGGAUAUUGUUUCGGCUACGGAGAAAGAAAAGGCAACGUUUUUGGAUAAAACCGGCGGUCUGGAAAAAUCCGCUAAAGAAAUAAAAAGGUGCCUUUCUGGAUUUAAAGGGAUUCAAAACAAUAUCCAGGAAAACCACGACCUUCACACAAAGGCCAUUCAGAGUGCUUCUAGCGCUGCCUUAGAGGCACUGAACAGCUGGAAGACAAGCGCGCUUGAGACUGUGAAAACCCGACAUUCAGACUGGAGUGUGCAAUGUGGUGCCAGCGUCAAGCAUCUAUCAAUUCUGGAAGAGGAGCUUGAGAGGAUGCAGCAGGCCUCUAAGGAUUUAUUAUCCUCAACAGACGUGAAAUUUUUACAGGGUUCCAAAGUUUUGACUGAAAGGUAUGUGUUGUCAUUUAGUUAUUUUCUGCCACUGUCACUUUUUAACCAAGCCUUCGACAAAACCAGUACAACCCAUUAGGUCUCCAUGGAGAUCACGUGCCAUGCAACAAUGACUCACAGGUCGAGAUCGCCCAGCUGUUAUUAUU